ACAUGGAUUUAGAACAGCUGGUUUUUGGAUCUUUGAGUUGUUGAUCUUGUGGUUUAUUUUCUUAACAUGUGAAUUUUACUUCAAAAUAUCGGAUUUAACUUUUAUUUAUGUUUCGUUAUCGAAGAAGAUUGUCACUUCGAUCAUAAAAGACGGCCUAUUAGAUGAUUUAGAGGAAAACACCUAGUUUCCUAUACAUAAAAGUCGAAACUGGUUUUAUUGCCAAUGGCGGGUACGAUAGUCAAUGGAUCCUCAGGAAAUUACAAUUUUAAAGUUGUUCUUCUCGGUGAGGGGUGCGUCGGGAAGACGUCUGUCGUUUUAAGAUACGUCGAGGACAAAUUUAACGAUAAACAUGUAACAACAUUGCAGGCCACUUUUCUCACCAAGAGAUUGAACAUCGGCGGCAAACGAAUAAAUUUAGCCAUAUGGGAUACUGCAGGUCAAGAAAGAUUUCACGCACUAGGGCCGAUUUAUUACAGGAUGUCUAAUGGAGCGAUAUUAGUGUAUGAUAUUACAGAUGAAGAUUCAUUUCAGAAGGUAAAGAAUUGGGUUAAAGAGCUUAAAAAAAUGUUAGGCAGUGAAAUAUGCUUAACUAUCGCAGGAAACAAAAUAGAUCUUCAAAAAGAUAGAAAUGUACCAAUAGAAACUGCAGAAAAGUAUGCAGAAUCUGUUGGUGCUUCUCAUUUUCACACAUCUGCAAAACAAAACAGUGGGAUAGAGGAAAUGUUCUUAGAAUUAACUCAAAGAAUGAUGGAAAGGGCUCAAGAACAAGAAGUUCAAAAGGCUAGUGAACUGACGAGAACAAACAGUAUGAGGAGGAAUAUUGUGAUCGUCGACGAUGAAGAAGCUCCCCUGGUGCAAAAAUCAUGUUGCAGAUCAUAAAAACUGUUACUUGUGAUAUAUCAUUGUAAAUGUACUUUAUACUAUUAAUGUAAAAUGUGUUAUGGAUUUUAAAUAUUAAUUCUUUAAUUAAUUUAGAUUUAAGAACUUUUUUACAUAUAUAUAUCACAUAUGUAUUUACAAUUGACUGAUUUCUACCAUUGAUUUUAUGGGCAAGUGAAAUAUUUUAAAAAAUGUACAUUUUAGUGUCACACAUUUGUUGCCAAGCUUAAACAGUUAAUUAAAUGAUUUUACCUAGUCUUUAUAUUAUAUUAAUAUUAUAUAAAAUGGUGUCUCAAAAGCCAAAGCUACGGUAAAAAACUGUACUUGAGAAAUGGAUGUACAUAUUAUAUAAUACAAAUAAACUAUUCAAUUUGAA